CGGGGCGGCGGCGGCGGCGCCAUGGAGCUGGGGGCGGGCGCGGGGGCGGGCGCGGGCCCCGGCGCGCGGGGCAGCGCGGAGUCGGGCCGUGUCCUGCUGCUGCUGAUGGGCGGCGGCGGCGGCGCGGGCCGGGCGCGGCGGGCGGGCGCGGAGGUGGAGCCGGGUCCCGCUGCCGGGGCCGCUGCCGGGGCCGGCCCGGGAGGCCCCGAGCCGCGGUCCCCGCCCGCCCCCGACUACGAGGCGCUGCCGCAGGGCGCCGCCGUCUCCACGCACAUGCUGGCGGGCGCCGUGGCGGGCGUCAUGGAGCACUGCGUGAUGUACCCCAUCGACUGCGUCAAGACGCGGAUGCAGAGCCUGCGGCCGGAGCCCGCCGCCCGCUACCGGAACGUGCUGGAGGCCCUGUGGCGCAUCGUCCGCACCGAGGGCGUCUGGCGGCCCAUGCGGGGCCUGAACAUCACCGCCACCGGCGCCGGCCCCGCCCACGCCCUCUACUUCGCCUGCUACGAAAAGUUAAAAAAGACGCUGAGCGACGUUAUCCACGCGGGGGGCAAUAGCCAUGUGGCCAACGGUGCAGCCGGGUGUGUAGCAACGUUGCUCCAUGAUGCAGCCAUGAACCCUGCCGAAGGUAACGAUGGUCCUGGCCUGCUGGGGAGGGGAGGAUCAGGGGCUGCCCGUGCUGCUCGGAUCUCCUCUGCGGCAUGGAGGGUGUUCUCACUGCUGCUCAACUGCAAGGAUCGUUUGGGGGACAGUGGCCGCAGCUCCAGUUAGGGAGUCUGGGGGCUGCCCGUUAUGGAGUGGGUAGGUAGAAGGGAUUAACUCUGGGGAACACAGCAAACCCCAGCUUAGGAGGAGCUGGGAGGGCACAGUCCUUUGGCCCAGGCUGUAGAUGGGGGAGACUUACCUGGAGCAGGAGAGAAGGCAAGAGAGAUGAGUUCCAUGCUGCUGAAGUCACUCUGUGUGCAGAAGUUGGAUAUUGCUGUGGUGAGAUCUCGGGAAGAUGUGGUAUGGCUCUGGGCCUGUGUUCAAAAAUAAGAUUAGAAGAAUGGGCUACGAAAGGCAUGUUAAGAGAAGUCAGCAGAAGGAUAUCUUAUGUUGUGGAAUGUUUGAAAGAUGCUGUUUUUGUGGAGCCUGGUAGGUAUGUAACAGGCAGAAGGGGCUUGUAAUUGAAGUCUAUGGUGGGAGAAGGAGGAAUAACUAGGAAUAAAUGUGUUUUUUCCUCUUAAAACUGGAAGGCUGCUUAAGUGCAGACUCCCAGCUGAUCUGGGCCCAGCAGGGCUCCUGCCUGGCUGGGGCCCUGAGGAACAGGCAGCUGCCUGGCCAGACCAUUGGCAUUCCUUCCCUGGAGCUUGUCUUCUUAUCACGACUGUAGUGGUUUGUAGUUAUAUAAUUUUUAGUUCCUUGUCGUCACGUUGAGAUGCAUGGAGGCAGGACAGCGGCAGGCUGUGCUCUUGGAUGUGCUGAGGGGAGGUUUUGGUGUCUGUUUCUUGCUCCAGAGCAGCUGUGUUUCGGCAGCGGCUGCUAAUGAUUCCUGCUGGUGGGCUCUGCAAUGUGCCGUAGUUAUUUUGGGCUGCAGUGGGGGUGGCUGGGGAGGGACAGGCUCGUCCAGAUCGAGAGCUGUCUGGAAACUAAAAGAUGCAGAGAUGUUCUUCUGACUGCACAAUAGCUCUGUGGUGGUAGAUGGGGAGAUGUUGGUUGCUUGGGAGCAAGGGUGGAUCCAGAGUACAAGCACCUGGAUACUGGGAUGUUCUUUGUGGGAUUGGUGCUAUGGUAAUGCCUCGGCAGAUCUAAAUGGCUGCAGUGCUGCCUGGGGACACUGUUGGUCUACGUUGUCUGUCAUUAGCUCCUAAGCCAGUGUGACCAAACUCCAGGCACUUGGAGGAAGCCUGACUUUGUGCUUACACUUUCCCUCUCUUCCCCUCCACGUCUGGGUCCUGGCUACUGCUGCUGGCUGCCGCCGUCUGUCCAAAGUGGUCAAACAGAGGAUGCAGAUGUACAACUCGCCUUACCAGCGUGUGACGGACUGUGUGCGGGCUGUGUGGCGCAACGAAGGGGCUGGAGCUUUCUACCGCAGCUACACCACCCAGCUCACCAUGAAUAUCCCCUUCCAAGCCAUUCACUUCAUGACCUACGAGUUCUUGCAAGAGCAGCUCAACCCCCACAGACAGUACAACCCAGGCUCCCACGUGGUCUCCGGAGCCUGCGCGGGGGCUGUCGCUGCCGCUGCCACUACACCUUUGGACGUUUGCAAAACGCUGCUCAACACCCAGGAAUCCCUGGCCUUGAGCUCCAACAUCAGUGGACACAUCACAGGCAUGGCCAAUGCCUUCAGGACGGUGUACCAAGUGGGCGGUGUGACCGCCUACUUCAGAGGGGUCCAGGCAAGAGUCAUUUAUCAGAUGCCCUCAACGGCGAUUGCCUGGUCCGUGUAUGAGUUCUUCAAAUACAUCCUCACCAAACGCCAGGAGGAGCGGCGAGCUGCGAAAUGAGCCAGAGCUGAAUGCUGUUCCAGACCUGCUUCACCUCCCCUCCUGGUUUGUCUUCUGACCCCUCUCCCUUCUGGUUUGGUUUGUAUUAAAGAGAGGAGGCAGUGAAGCCCUUCGGGGUUUAGCGAUGACAGUUUUUGCCUGUGGCUGCUGUAGCUCUGCUCAG